UACUUCCGGGUCUGGAGAACAAUUGUUUGCCGAGUAUGUCAUUUUCAUCGAACCCAUCGUUUGUUAGAAAGUUCAUUAAAUUCACGAGUUACACAGAUGGACGAGAUAAGCUUUACAGAACUGCUCAGUAUACAUCAAGAUGGUUAAUAUGGUACUGGAAUACUACAGGGGUGGUCCCAAAAGAAUUACAUAUCCGCAUACAGAACUUAGAAGCUGCAUUAACAAUGUCCAGAAAAUUAUUCAGAAUGGCCAAAACACUUGAUUUUCUACAGAAAAUAGCAGAUGCAAUGUAUAUCACUGAUGACAUUCUGAAAAUAUUUCAAAUCUUGGGAAUGACAGGCAAGGCAGCAUGGUUAGUUGCAGACCAUGUGAUAUGGUUUACUAAGAUCAAAGUCAUUAAAGCUGAUUUACUCAUGUGGUCCAAAAUCUCAGCAUGGACCUGGUUUCUUGGAAUCCUUGCUCUUGUUCUCAGAGAUCUUCGUAAACUUCAUAAUUUAAUUGAACUAGCCAAGGGAUUGAAAUAUGGUGGUGAAAAAAGAGCUAAAGUUGCGCUGGAAAAAGAAUUGGAAUCUGCUAAAAUUGAACUGAUUAAAGAUGUCUGUGAUUUGAUGAUUCCACUUGGGUCACUGCAAUAUCUGAAUAAGGGUUGGGGUGCCACUGGCGGAACUAUCUCAUCUUUGAUUGGUUUACAACAAACAUGGUGUCAAAUAAAUAAGUAAUAAUUACUUCAGUUUUGUCUGAUAUAUCAGUCUCAACUGAGAAUACAUAAAUUGGUGUGAAAUUAUGAUGAAUUCUGGUAUGUAAUCUGAUUUUCUUGAAAUUGCUUGAAUAAUACUUGAAAGUAUUAGUUUUGCAUAUGAAAUAAAUACAGCUAUCAAUCAGUAAUAUUACAGUAAUAUUAACAGAAUAUAUUGUCAAGAGUCUUUUAAACAUAUUAAUUGUAAAUUCUAGUUUUUUAUACAAUGAUUAAUUGAUAUUAAAAUAUCAUGAUAAGAAA